AUGUUUUAUCCGGAGAAUUCACUGAAAAAAGGGGGCAGAUUUCAUUUAUGUUGGGUGGCGGAUUCCUGGCCUGUCUGUUUUGCUUCGAUAACCCAACGCCAACUAUGGUCUCAAGAUAUAAGAAAACUUUGCGCUGACUUAUUACAAGUUAUAACCAAUGAGUCUGGUCGCCCCUCAUACCGAUUUUCGCUCCGUCUCAGCUCUCAACUCAUGCGGGGACUAGUCCGGCUGUAUCAGAAGAAAGUCAACAGCAUGCUAACUGAGUUAUGCAUGCUUAAUGCAAGAAUUAUGAAGAACUCAAACAAAAAAUUCAACAUGCAAGAUGUAACAGAAGAGGUGCAGAGACAUACGGAGCAGGUGUUGGAGCUGCCAGCUCCAGUGAGGGAACCUGUCCCAGAGCCAGAGGAAAGAGUCGAGGAAAUGAUACGGCAAAGUGGUAAUGUUGUGCCCAACAUUGAAGCCAUCACAUUGAAAGAAGCCGCCAUUCCCGAAUUCCAACUUCCACCGAAUGACGGUUUCGGCGAGGAGAACCCCGACCAGGCCCUGCAGCUCCUGCUCCAGGACCGCACGCUCGAGCAGAUGCUGGGCACGUCGGGCCCGCACAGCGCGCUCGACGCCACCGCCACCGCCGCCGUCCACACCGACACCGCCCACGCCGACCGCAGCGCCAACGACUCCAGGCUCGAGCUGCAUAAAACUAUGGAACGCAUGUCUGACCAUGAGACCACUUUGUUCAGAAAAUCUACAGCGCAGGAUCUAUUGCCUGAGGAAUUUGAUAAAGAGAUCCCAAUUCCUGAAAUCCCGCCUCCGGACCUGCCCGUUCCCACUGAAAAAAAGUCCCCGACGCCGGAGCCGGAGCCGGCGGUGGCGCCUGCGCCUGCGCCGGCCGCGCAGCCCGCGCCGCAAGAGCCAGAGAUCGUCACAUUAGAGACGCUGGAAGAGGGCGAGCCGCAAGCCAAGCGCCGCAGGAAGAACAAACUGAUCAUAGACAAGAACCAUCAGCUCUCCAAGAAGUUUCUUCGCGCGAGAAUCGAGAACAUUCAUGUCGAAUUGCGCUGUGAGGAGUAUUCCGAAGACAUCGUGGACCUGCGCGUGCCGGCGGAGCUGCUGCUGCGACGGCCCGCGCACGCCGGCGCCCGCCUGUCUAGCCGCGCGGCGCGCGCGCUGCAGCGCCUCUUCUCCAGGAACCUGGGCCUGGCUGCUGCCGCGCACCACGACCAGAGACAGAUGGAGCUCGCUCUUGCUUCGCGCGCUCGACGCGUCGCCGUCCCAGUCCUCGAACCUAUCCCCGAAGAACCACCACAAGUGCAAGAGCCGCAGGUGCAGGAGCAAGUGCUGAAACCACAAAUAUCGGAGCCCCACCUGCCGGUAGAGGAGCAGACCGUUCUGAACCAGUCCACUGCGGUGCCGGACCUUAGUGCUGUCGACGUGGAGAAGGACAUUGCCGACUUGCCGACGCAAAAGCUGGCGGCUGCGACUCAGAAGAGGGCCUCGCGGGAGGAUCUAAAUACAAGUCAAACAAAAAAGUCGAGAAGCCGAUACACAUCCCUCAAAGAGAGUCAAUCCCAAAACCUCGUUCCGGAUGAGCCAGAAAUCGUUGAAAAAGAGAACAUCCCGGAAAACUGGCAGACAAUACCGCCACGUCACGAAGAACAGCUGAUUAUACCAAACAUAGUGAUACAACGACCGUCCGAUCCGGAACGAGUCCUGACUUCGAUGUUACAAGAGGCGGGUCUGGCCGACGUGCCUCAGCCCUCGCAGGAGCAGCCUCCCGUGCAGCCGGCGGAGGCGGAGGCGGAGGAGGAGCCGCCGCGCAAGUCCCGCCGGCGCGGCAGCGAGAGCUCGGAGACCAUGCUGGGCAGUCUGGACCGCACCAAGGUCUCGCUCGGCGACUCCGACCAGACUACAGACUCUAAGAUGUUUAUCCGUGAUCAAUGGGGCACAGAGGGCACGAUGAUGAAGAUUGUGAAGAUGUUUAAAGCGGAGAUACAGCCUCUAAACAUGAACUCUCUCAUGUCAUUCGGACCCAUGGUUCCAGGCUACAAAUGUAUUAUCGCAGCUCGAUGUUUCACUUCAAUACUGAAACUGAAACAACAUGGCUUCAUAAAAGUACGUAAGGAUCCGGACACUUUGGAAAUACUCGACAUUUUUUUGGGUCCUAAAUUUAAUUAAUCCUAAUAAAUUUUUAUUUCUACUCAAAUGCAUUAUAUUCAACUUGACAUUAAAAUAUUCUGUUAUUUUGAUAGUCUGUUUAUUAGGUUAAGACAUGAACUUCAUGGUAUGUGUUUAUUAUUGUUGUCGAUUAAUGUGUCCCUACUUUGUUUUCUAAUUCAUGAUAAUUUAUGCUUGUUUUUUAACAAUUUAUUUGUUACGUCUGCCGCUUGACGUUAGUUUAACUAGACAAUGUAUCUUUAUAUUAUAGUCUCUGUUAAGUUUAUAAUGUUGUUUGUCAUUUCAAUUGUGACAUUUGUGUUAUUGUUUAUACUAAUUGAUAAUUAAAUUUUUCUUAUAA